CUUCGAUGGAAGGUAAGAGGUGACGGACGACCCAAAUUGAUUCAAUCAAAGUAAGAACUUGGAACUUUCGUGGUUUCUAGAAAGAAAGAUAUAAAAGUCAAUAAUCCCAUAGAGCCCAAGGGGCAUUAUAGUCAUUAUAAAAAUAGAACAAAAUUUCCCAUCUGUGCUCGAGGACCCCUUCUUGCUUUUUCUCUUGUGAAAUCAGCCAAUUUCUCUUUCGAUUUGAUUCACCAGACCUCUCACAACACAAGGAUCGCAAGAUUUGAUCGAUCACCGCUCACAAACAAAACAGAGAGAGAUGUCGAAGGUGGACGAGCCGGUGAUGGGCGUUCCGUUCUACGUCGUACAGAAUCCUUACCAAGCAGGCGCGAUCCCCCCAAACGCCGUCUAUGGCGACCCAAAGGGCAUCCCUAUCCAUCAAACCAUUUACAGAGACACUCCCGCUCCCUUCAACUGCGUUUACUGUGGUAAUUCCGGACUUACCCACGUCAGAUCAAAGCCAAGCCUGGCAGCUGUUGUGGCUUGCAUGAUGCCUAUGUUUCUUGGAUGCUGCUUUCUUUUGCCUUCAUGCGACUGUCUCUGGCAUAAAUAUCAUCAUUGCCCAAGUUGCCAAGAGAAGGUUGGUGAUUUUGAGAAGUCAGAUCCUUGUAUUGUUGCGGAUCCUCCACACUGGACAGAACACAGCUUUGCACUGCCUGCAUGAUCUUCACUUUGUGUAUGCGGCUUCUUCUCUGCUUCUGUCUUUGAACCCCAUAUUUACAUAUUUUGUGAUACAUGUAUUCUUAAGAUGCUGUAUAAAUCUACUACUUCCCCUUUGGCUGCGUAAUAAUACAGAUUGAUAGUAAUUUUUAAUA